UUCCCGCGAGACCUUACUCUUCAUUUUCUCUCCCAAAAUGAUUUCCCGGAUUUUCUUCUCCUUCCUCAAAAUUAUUAUCUCUUGAUUUUUUUUUCAAAAUAAAAAUUAUAUUCUCUCCUCUUUCGUAACUUUGAUGAUCAAUUUGAUCAUCAUAAUUCAAUAAAGUAGUCUUCACCGUAAUGCCGUGAAUGAGAAAUUAGACAUGUCGUCGACGGAAAAUAAUCAGGAUCCAACGCCGGCACCGACGAAAAAGAUAUUGACGUCAUCAUCAUCAACGACGAAGCUUCGUAAGAUCCCUGGGAUCCCUAUCCAGCGGUCGUGGCGCGAACCUGCGGAGAAAUCAGACGAUAGCAGAAGCAGCGGCGAUGGCGAUGGCGAUGGCGAUGACUAUGAAGUCGAAGAAGACGUUGAUGAUUAUGGUUUGGGUCGUUUUGCUUACGGUAAGAGCGAAUCAUUAGAGCUAAACGUGAGCCGAGACGAUGAUUCAAUAAUUCUAGCGUCUACUCUUGGAUUAAACCGCAUUAGAACAAGAUCCUCUCCACUUCCGUCUCCUCUCAGGUGCUCUUCCUCUUCCAGGAACCCUUCCAAUAUUGGAGAUGUAGGUAGUAAGAAAGGAAAUGUCGCUAAUAAGGAAAGGCUACGGGCAGGGGUUGAGGCCUGCACUUCUCAACUUCCUAACCUUAACCCCAUUCAUCAAGGGAAAAAGUCGCCAUGGAAUCAAUCAAAAUCACUAAGGGCUCCAUCACCACUCAGUACGGAGUCACCACGUUUCCAGGCUGUACUGCGCGUUACCAGUGGGCGGAGGAAGAAAGCUCCUGACGUGAAAAGCUUCUCUCAUGAGCUUAAUUCUAAAGGAGUACGGCCUUUUCCUCUUAAGAAAUCUCGUGCUUUAGGCCACAUGGAGGAGGUUCUGCUUGCAACCAGGAUGAAGUUUGACAGAUUAAAGGAGGAAGUAAACUCUGAUUUGGGUGUUUUUGCUGGGGAUUUGGUGGACAAGCUUGAAAAAACAUCAGAUUCUCAUCCUGAAUGGAAAGAGAGUUUGGAGGAUUUGCUGGUUGUAGCACAGCGUUGUGCAAAGAUGCCGGCUUGUGAAUUCUGGGUCAAAUGUGAAGGCAUUGUUCAGAAUUUAGAUGAUAGACGGCAGGAGCUAUCAAUGGGAGUUCCCAAACAAUUACAUACCCGCCUGCUUUUUAUUCUCACCAGGUGCACCCGGCUUGUGCAGUUCCAUAAAGAGAGUGGUUACGAGGAUGACCACAUUCUGGGGCUUCAUCAGCUCAGUGAUCUAGGAGUUUAUCCAGAACAGAUGUUUGAAUUUGCUCGGAAGGAUACUAGUGGUCAAUUAGAUGGAAAGGAAGUGAGUGAGAAACAGAGGAAGAAAGCACAAGGGCAAGAGAAAAGCAAGCAAGAUCAAGUUGGUCAAAUCUUAAGUACUGCAAAUGUAAUUGCAGAGGUUGAAACUGCCAAAAGUGUUGAUUCAACUUCAAGCAGCUAUAGGAUGUCAUCUUGGAAGAAACUUCCAUCUGCAGCUGAUAAAAAUCGUAAAGGACAAGAUACACCUGAUUCAAAUUCCAAAAAUAGAGUAGAACAAUCUCAAGCAAAAGAUGAGACUCCUAGAAUGGAACCUCUAGAAACUCCAUCAGGCUAUCCUCAAUCUUCUCGAACGCCAAAAACUUCUUGGCCAUUCUGGGGUGAUCAUCAAAGUGUAACUUAUGAAAAUUCAAUGAUUUGCCGGAUUUGUGAGGUUGAAAUACCUGUUGUACAUGUGGAAGAGCACUCUCGAAUUUGUACCAUAGCUGAUAGAUGUGACCUGAAAGGUUUAACCGUGAAUGAACGUAUUGAAAGAGUUGCAGAAACCCUUGACAAAAUUCUCGAUUCAUGGACACCAAAAAGCACACCCAAAAGUAUAGACACUCCACGUGAAAGUUUUGAAGCUACAAGAGUUUAUACAUCUAGUAUACAUGAAGAUACUGAUGACUUUUCACCAAAGCAUAGCAAUCAUUCACGUCAAUGCUCUGAUGAUAUGCUUGAUUGUGUUCCUGAUGUUGAUAAUGCACUUCUUAUGGAGCAUAUGAAUGCUCUGCAUGAUGUGUCAUGUGAAACACAUUUAAAUUUAAGCACACUUGAUCUAUGCACAAAAGCUUCAUCAGGAGGAAGCUUGACACCGCGAUCACCAUUGUUAACUCCACGAACUAGCCAGAUUGAAUUGUUAUUGAGUGGACGGAGAAGAAUAGCAGAGCUUGAGAAUCACCAACAGAUAAAAAAGUUGCUAGAUAUUGCUCGUUCUGUUGAAAAUGCAAAUGAUUGUGAUUACAAUACAUUGGAGUUUAUGCUUGAACGCCUGGAUGAACUAAAAUAUGCCAUCCAAGAUAGGAAGGCAGAUGCCCUUGUUGUAGAAACUUUUGGAAGACGAAUAGAAAAACUAUUACAGGAAAAAUAUGUGCAACUUUGUGGACAGAUAGAGGAUGAAAAAAUUGACUCAUCGAAUCAUGUGGCUGAUGAAGAUAGCUCAGUAGAUGAUGAUACAUUGCGUAGUCUACGUGCAAGUCCAAUCAAUCCAUGUGCUAAGGAUCGAACAUCUAUUGAAGAUUUUGAAAUAAUAAAGCCAAUCAGCAGAGGAGCAUUUGGGCGAGUUUUCCUUGCUAGGAAAAGAGCAACUGGAGACUUAUUUGCGAUAAAGGUUUUGAAGAAGGCAGACAUGAUUCGGAAAAAUGCAGUUGAAAGCAUUUUGGCUGAGCGUAACAUUCUAAUAUCUGUCCGCAAUCCCUUUGUGGUCCGUUUUUUUUACUCCUUUACAUGUAGAGAAAAUCUUUACUUGGUUAUGGAGUAUCUAAAUGGUGGAGAUCUUUACUCUUUAUUGCGAAAUCUAGGAUGCUUAGACGAAGAUAUGGGGCGUGUAUACAUUGCAGAAGUUGUUCUUGCAUUGGAGUAUUUGCAUUCUUUAAAUGUCAUACAUAGGGAUCUGAAGCCAGACAACUUGUUGAUUGGUCAAGAUGGGCACAUCAAGUUGACAGAUUUUGGGCUCUCAAAGGUCGGUCUUAUCAACAGUACAGAUGACUUAUCAGGUCCUUCAUUUGGCAGUAGGGGAUUAACGGAAGAUGAUGAACCCAAAGAACAAAUUUCACCAAAGAGAGAACGACGUCAAAAGCAUUCGGUUGUUGGCACUCCUGACUAUUUAGCCCCAGAGAUACUUCUUGGAAUGGGACAUGGUGCAACUGCUGACUGGUGGUCUGUAGGUAUCAUUCUUUUUGAGCUACUAGUAGGGCUUCCUCCAUUCAAUGCUGAAACCCCACCACUAAUUUUUGACAACAUAAUGAAUAGAAAUAUACCCUGGCCCAAGGUACCAGAGGAGAUGUCGUAUGAAGCAUAUGAUCUGAUUGACAAGCUGUUAACAGAAAAUCCAGUUCAAAGGCUAGGAGCCACAGGAGCCAGCGAGGUGAAGCAACAUGUUUUCUUCAAGGAUAUUAAUUGGAGCACACUUGCAAGACAAAAGGCUAUGUUCAUACCAUCAACUGAAGCACAUGACACUAGUUACUUUAUGAGCCGAUAUAUAUGGAAUGCAGAAGAUGAACAAGUUCAUGGAAGUAGCGACUUCGAUGACUUGACUGACACCUGCAGCAGUGGGUCACUCAGCAACGUGCAAGAUGAAGAUGGGGACGAAUGUGGCAGUUUGACGGAUUUCAGUGCUCCUGCCCUUGCAGUGAAGUACUCAUUUAGUAAUUUCUCAUAUAAGAAUUUAUCUCAGUUGGCUUCCAUCAAUUAUGAUCUGGUUGUAAAGAACGCCAAGGAAUCAGCAGAAGCCCCCAAACCCUCUGGGCCAUGACUGGUUUAGCAAAUAUGUAUAUGCAGUCAAUCCCAUGUUUGCUCAUCUGUUCUCUCAUGUAUAAGUUUCAUCUCCGACACAAAUCGUCUUUCAUCUACGAUUCCUUGAUGAAAAAAAAACUAUUUUCCCUGAGAAGUUCAGGACGACGCUCAUGUGGCUCAACAUGGGCUCCAACCGAAAGCGGAGCACUUGAUUUUUCCUGAUGACAAUUAUAGGCUGCUGACAUUUGUUACAAAGGGUGCAUUGUAAUCAGCUGACAGUACAAAUGAACUGCAGAAGACUGCCAUAAGUUCGGCCUUAACAUCUAAUCCUGCCCUCCCCCUCCAGGAUUCUCCGGUUCCCCCACCCCAGGCCGAUAACCCUGUCAUCUUACUUUUACUUUCCUUAAUGUUGUCAUCUUUUCAUGUAUAUAAUUUUAUGCUUUUUUAUUAGUUAAUCAAUGAAAUCUUCAUAAGCUUGUGCUGCUA